CAGGGAAGGCCGGAAAUUGCCCUGUCAGGAGCCCCGGUGGAUCGCUCAAACGCAUGGUGCCCGUUGCUUUUGACCACGGCUUGCUUGCUUGCUAAGAUCGUGUUUCACUUUCGGGCAAAAGCCUGCUCAAAAUGCAAAGUGAGAACCUGGGACCAGUAAAUUACUAUGUUGGAAUUGAUGUUGGCACAUCAAGUGUCCGUGCGGCUUUGGUGGACCAGUUUGGCACCGUAAUGGCUUAUGCAGACCAUCCAAUUCAAAUUUGGGCACCACAACCUAACUAUUAUGAACAAUCUUCUGAUGACAUUUGGGCAGCUUGUUGUAUAGUCACAAAGAAAAUUACCCAAGGAAUAAAUAUUUCCCAAAUCCGAGGGCUUGGCUUUGAUGCUACCUGCUCCCUUGUUGUUUUGGAUAGCCAUUUUCAUCCUUUGGCAGUCAACUCUGAAGGAGAACACAAAAGAAACAUCAUCAUGUGGAUGGACCAUCGUGCAGUUAAUCAAGUAACGCGCAUCAAUGAGACACAGCAUAAUGUGCUGUCCUUUGUUGGUGGUGUGAUGUCAGUUGAAAUGCAGCCACCUAAAUUGCUAUGGAUGAAAGAAAAUUUGCAAGAGUCUUGCUGGGAAAAAGCAGGGCACUUCUUUGAUCUUCCGGAUUUCUUAUCAUGGAAAGCAACAGGUGCCACAGCAAGAUCUUUGUGUACACUUGUAUGUAAAUGGACAUACUCCUCAGAAACUGGCUGGGAUGAUAGUUUUUGGAAAUCAAUUGGAUUAGAAGAUAUGAUGGCAAAUAAAUAUUCAAAAAUAGGAAAUGAAGUUCUCCCUCCAGGAACUCCAGUUGGAAAUGGAUUAACAGCGGAAGCUGCAGAAGAUCUUGGUCUGUCUAAGGGGAUUGCUGUAGCUGCCUCUCUUAUUGAUGCACAUGCUGGAGGAUUAGGUAUGAUUGGAGCCAACGUGAAAGGAUAUAACUUGCCCUGUGAAAAUCAGCCAAUUACUUCCCGACUGGCUGUAAUAUGUGGGACAUCAUCAUGCCACAUGGCAGUUAGCAAGUCCCCUAUAUUUGUCUCUGGUGUUUGGGGACCCUAUUAUUCAGCAAUGGUUCCAGGAUUGUGGCUAAAUGAAGGAGGUCAAAGUGUAACAGGGAAACUGCUAGAGCAUAUUGUCCAAGGACAUGCUGCUUUCCCAGAACUACAAACAAAAUCUGAAGCCAGAGCUCAAAGUAUAUAUACAUACUUGAAUGGUCACCUGGAUCUGAUUAAGAAAUCUUUGCCUGUGGGUUUGCUCACUGUUGAUUUACAUGUUUGGCCAGAUUUCCAUGGCAACCGAUCUCCCCUUGCAGAUUUGACUCUAAAGGGCAUGGUAGUGGGUUUGACACUGUCUCAAAGUCUUGAUGAUCUUGCUCUUAUUUAUCUAGCGACAGUCCAAGCCAUUGCGUUGGGAACCAGGCAUAUUGUUGAAACAAUGCAAGUCGCAGGGCAUCAUAUCAACACUCUCUUUAUGUGUGGCGGUCUGAGCAAAAACCCUCUCUUUGUCCAAAUGCACGCGGACAUCAUUGGCAUGCCUGUUGUUCUAGCCCAAGAAGUGGAGUCUGUGCUAAUGGGUGCUGCUAUUCUUGGAGCCUGUGCUUCUAAAGACUUUGCUUCCCUGCAGGAUGCUAUGGAGAAAAUGGAGAAAAUUGGCCGGAUUGUGCUGCCAAAUCACAAGGAUAAAAGGUUAAGAACAUGAACACAAAAUGAACUCUGGCAAAAUGAAUCUAGAUUUAAGAUGACUCAGAAAAAGUGACAGUGAAACAUCUUUUCAACACAUGGAGAAUUCCAAUACUGUGAUUCAUUCAGAUUCCUGUUGCUUUAAAUCUCCUACCAGUCAGGACACCCUGACAAUUUUUCUUUUGUAGUUGGGAAAUCAAAAGGAGCUAGGUCAUUAGCCAUGAGGGAAUAAAAGGUCACGAAGGGAUGGGCCUAGAUUAGAUUAUUUGAACCAAUACUCUCUGGUUUUGAAAUGGCCAAAGAUUCUUCCCUUGUUUACACAUUGGUCCCAGCACAUGCUUCUAUUUUUAGAAAGUGGCACAGCCUCUCUAAUGCAUUUGGAUUAAGUUUCCUACUGAAUGCAAUGGAUAUUUGAUAUGAACUAUACUGGCUGCUGUUUUGAAAUAAGAAUUCUUAAAACACAUCAGAUACUCUUUGGAAAUAUGAUAACCUGCAAGAAAACAAUCCUGGUGAUAUUUGGGGUUGUUAACCCCAAUAACUGCAGAUAGUGAAAUAUCACUAGCCAGCAAAUACAAGAGGAUUUAUCUACCUGCUCUGUAAAGUCGUAGAAUUUAUGACCUAGCUUUUAAGUAGCUCAAUUAUAGUUCAGUCCCUUGAUUGACCAAUUCCUAGCUCACUUCGGUCUAUCACUCAUAACAGAAUACUGUGUGUAUGACUUUAGUAGUAAGAGCCUAAAUAUUAGAACCAUUGAAAUGAACAUGGAAUCCCACGUUACGUUUGUACUUCAUAAUUAUAUAAGACUGUAUACAUUAAUAGUUUGUUAGAGGAAUGUGACCCUUUUGCUGGUUUACAAUCAGACAUCUUGAAUCAGGGGCAUUAGCAGUGGGUGGAGUUUAAAAAGUCAAGAUAGCAUUGUAAUUGUGGAGCCAAGUUCCAUCUCUGUGUUUACAUUGACCAUGGUGGGGUCCAA